AGAAGCUGGAACCCUUGGCAACGGCAAGGCGGACGGAUUAUUGCAGAGGAAGUCACAGAUCCUUAUAGCGAUUUGACUACACGCAUUCUUGAUCGGUAUCUGCUACAGAGCUUAGACGGCCAUGGGCGACCCAAACCUACAUGGCCGCAAGGUCUUCAAGGUGUUCAACCAAGACUUCAUCGUAGACGAGCGGUAUACCGUUACAAAGGAGCUUGGGCAGGGUGCAUACGGUAUUGUCUGCGCAGCCACGAACAAUCAGACGGGGGAGGGUGUCGCAAUCAAGAAGGUCACGAAUGUUUUUAGCAAAAAGAUCCUGGCCAAGCGAGCGUUGCGUGAGAUCAAGUUGUUGCAGCACUUCAGAGGCCACCGUAACAUCACGUGCCUGUACGACAUGGACAUUCCCCGACCGGAUAACUUUAACGAGACUUAUUUGUACGAAGAACUCAUGGAGUGCGAUCUGGCAGCCAUUAUUCGCUCCGGCCAGCCACUCACCGACGCACACUUCCAAUCGUUCAUCUAUCAGAUCCUAUGCGGUCUGAAGUAUAUCCACAGCGCGAAUGUAUUACAUCGCGACCUGAAACCCGGAAAUUUGCUCGUCAAUGCCGACUGCGAGCUCAAGAUUUGCGAUUUCGGUCUUGCACGAGGCUUCAGCGUGGAUCCGGAGGAGAAUGCCGGUUACAUGACGGAGUACGUGGCGACGCGGUGGUACAGAGCACCGGAGAUUAUGUUGAGCUUUCAGAGCUACACCAAAGCCAUCGACGUUUGGUCUGUGGGUUGCAUUUUGGCCGAACUGCUCGGUAGCAAACCGUUCUUCAAGGGUCGCGACUACGUUGAUCAGCUCAACCAGAUCCUGCACUACCUUGGCACGCCAUCCGAAUCUACUUUGUCGCGGAUAGGAUCGCCACGCGCCCAAGAAUAUGUUCGCAACCUGCCAUACAUGAGCAAGAUCCCCUUCCAACAGCUCUUCCCGCGCGCUAACCCCGACGCGCUCGAUCUGCUGGACCGCAUGUUGGCCUUCGACCCGAGCCAACGUAUCGGGGUCGAGGAAGCGCUCGAGCACCGCUACCUGUCCAUCUGGCAUGACCCGUCAGACGAGCCAUCAUGCCCGCAGACUUUCGACUUCGCCUUUGAGGUUGUCGAGGAUGUUCCUGAGAUGAGGCAGAUGAUCUUGGAGGAGGUGCGGCAGUUCCGACAUGCUGUUCGUACGCCGCAGCAUCUGCAGUAUCAGCAAGGUAUUCAACAAGCAGGCCAACCUGUACCGAUUCCGCAAAGCUACGAUCCGCGAGCGUAUGAGAACCCUCGACCGCAGGAGGUGCCGGACCGAACGGCGAAUGAUCUGGAGAGAGAGCUUGCCAUGCAAUGAGCUGGAUGUUGCUGUUUAUUGCUGGUUUGAGGAUGUAGCGGCUUUGCGCGCUGGAAGCGUGAAGCUAGAUACGAACACGUGCUUCUCUACCUUCUACAACGAACGGCAAGCAAAGCCGCCAAGGUUUGUACACCAUGCUGGACACAGUCUCUCGACUUGGGACUAAGCAUGGCUGGAUCAAGCACUACCUUCUUAUUCCCGACACUGGUGAGGGACCAAGCUGCUGACGGGUGCCAUGGCCUUUGCAGGACGUUUUACUCCGUCGGGGAUGAUUAGGGCCACGACAAGAGUUG